CAGGUUGGAACCAGGAACUCCAUCUGGGUCUCCCAGGUAGAUGACAGGAACCUAAGUAUUUGGGCCAUCAUCUGUUACCUCCCAGGCACCAGAUUAGAAUGAGAGGCAGGACUGGAUCCCAUGGACUACAAUAUGGGAUGUGGGUGUCCUGCCAUGAUGCUGCCUCUCCCACACCCCACCUUAAAUUCCAGUUUUUCAUUUGAGAGGCAGAGCUCCCAUCUGCUGUUUUCUUUCCCCAGAUGCUCACAAUAACCAGGACUGGGUUGGACCAAAGCCUGGAGCCAGGAACACAAUCCAUAUCUCCCACAUGGGUGGGAGUCAUUGCUGCUGUCUCCCAGGGUAGAUGUCAGGGACCCAAAUACUUGAGCCAUCACCUGCUGCCUCCCAGGGAAUACGUUAGCUGGAAGCUGGAAUUGGGAGUGAAGGAGCUGGAAUUCAAAAAACUAACUCCAACAUGGAGCAGGAUUUCCAAGCAAUGUCUUAACUGCUGCACCAAACAUCCACUCCAGGAAGAUCUUUUUAAAUGUAGAGGUUAUUGGAAAUGAGUGGGGCCUCCACAGAUAGAGGGGAUUCAAACCAGGGAUUAUUCUCCAGACCCUUGUGUUCAUUGGAGGACCAGAAUGUCGACCAGGGCCCCUAAGGGUUGCCGCUCAGACCUGGACCCCAGGUACUACCUACUCUGUGACAUCAACGCAGCCUGGGGCAUCAUCCUGGAGGCGCUGGCUGCCAUUGGGGCUGUGGUCUCCGUGGUCUUCAUGUUUGCUCUCCUGGUCCUCAUCUGCAAGGUGCAAGAUUCCAACAGGCGGAAGAUGCUCCCGACCCAGCUCCUCUUCCUCAUCGGCGUGCUGGGGCUCUUCGGCCUGACCUUCGCCUUCAUCAUCAGGCUGGACGGGGCCACGGGGCCCACGCGCUUCUUCCUCUUUGGCAUCCUCUUCUCUGUCUGCUUCUCUUGCCUCCUGGUUCACGCAUUCAACCUGACGCAGCUUGUCCGCGGGAGGAAGUCCCUCUCCCUGCUGGUGACCCUGGGCCUGGCUGUGGGCUUCAGCCUGGUGCAGGACGUCAUCGCCAUUGAGUACGUCGUCCUCACCAUGAACAGGACCGAUGUCAAUGUCUUCUCCGAGCUCCCUGCUCCUCGUCGCAAUGAAGACUUUGUCCUGCUGCUCAUCUAUGUCCUCCUGCUGAUGGCGCUGACCUUCCUCACUUCCUCCUGCACCUUCUGCGGGCCCUUCGCCGGCUGGAAGAUACACGGGGCCCACAUCUACCUCACCACGCUCGUGUCCAUUGCCAUCUGGGUGGCGUGGAUCACCCUGCUCUUGAUUCCCACCCCGGGCCCUGAGUGGGAUGACACCAUCCUCAGCACAGCCUUGGUGGCCAAUGGCUGGGUUUUCCUGUUUGUGUAUGUGGGUCCUGAGUUUCGGCUGCUCACCAAUCAGCGCAACCCCACGGAUUAUCCAAUCGAGGACGCCUUUUGUAAGCCUCAACACUUGAAGCAGAGCUACGGGAUGGAGAACAGAGCCUUCUCUCAAGACGAAAUGACUCAAGGUCUUGGAGAGAUAGGGGAUACUCUCUAUGCCCCCUACGCCACCCACUUCCAGCUCCAGAAUCGGCCUCCCCAGAAGGAUUUCUCCAUCCCUCGCGCCCAGGCCCGGGCCAGCCCUUACAACGGCUAUGAAGGAAGGAAAGAGGGCAGCUAACCCGCUUGUCUAGAGCGGGGUGAACACAGCUAGGCCGCCAACCCCACUGGGAAUUCGCCGCGACGCGGGCUCCGCGCGGAGUCUCCCGGGAAACCUGCACAGGACGUAACAGGAGCCGCCGGCCUGGCUCCCGCCUCAACCACUCUGCCUGCACGCUGGAGCUCCAGGCCUCAGCAGCCUUCCUCCCACACUUGGGAUUCUUUUUCCAAGCACGAGUCUCAGGCUGCCCAGGCUUAGGUGCCUGCUGGUCCUGUCCCCUCCCUGUGACUGGAGGCGUGGUCCUCGGCCCCCAGGACUGGCCUGUCCAGCUGCGGGAGCGGCUUCUGUGGGAACCGUUCGGCCCAGAGCAGAACUGGCGUCAGCAGAACCAGCAAAGGCCCGCCUGGCUCUCCCCUGGCAGCCGCCGCCUUGGCCUGCUUCUCCCCCGACUCCUUGCCUAGGAGCAGGGGCUGAGGCCACCCUGAGCGUACUCACCUCCGUGACGCUGCCUCUCAGAGGCCUUGACAGCUCCCCGACCAAUCCGCGGGGCACAUUCUGGCACCAUCCCCGCGCGUGGUGUCAGCCCCGGGACCUCCACACCCCCUGUGCUUGGUUUCCUGGACCCCACCAGCUCGGACAAGCAGUUUCUCCUGCAGGAACAUCUGCACGCUGCUGUUGCUGGCAGUUCCAGGCACUGAUGCCGCUCCACUCCCCUGCCCCAGCCUCUGUAAAUAGAUCACACUGUACUCACCGCCUGUGUGCUGUAAGUGGGCAUUGUCGACAGGGGGCAGUGUUUGUUGUAUAAUAAGUUAUUCAUCUGCAUAUCCAAUAAAGGUG